GUCACCUCCAGCCCACCGGUGACGCGCCCGCGUGCCGCCGCUGCUUGCCUUUACUUGCACCGCUGCACUUGCUCUCCGAUGAGUCUGCAGCGCGCUCUCACUUUUGAUGAUAUGCGAUGACCCCCAGCUUCACCAGUCCGCGCACUGGCGCCGCCCCCCGCGUGGAUGGGAACAAUAAUGACGGCCAGGGUCCAAAUAAAGCGCCCGCAACGGGCGCGCAGGCGGCUGGUAUGCGGGUCAUUGCGGCGCGUGUUGUUGCUUUCUACUUUCGGGCGCCCGUCAAGGCCUUCUUCAGAGGCCGCAUCGACUACAUGGGCUAUGCGAGAGCCAUCAACCCUCACUUCCAAGCGACGGCCAAGUGGUCAUGGCGGAUGACAACCCCAGCGGUGCUGUGGCACGCCAUAAGGACAGAGGGCUGGAGCUUCAUACCGAACCAGGUCAUGCCGCCUCUGAUCGCCAACACCUUCAUUGGUGCCGUGCUCUACACAUCGUACCUCCAUAGCCUAUCGAGUCUCCAUGUGCCAUCCUCGUACCAAACGAAACGGACAUAUCCUCCUCCCUCUUUCCAGACGACCUUCGCAGCUGGCUUGAUUGCUGGCGGUGUGCAGUCCACACUUGCAGCGCCCUUCGACGCCCUCCAAGUCCGCUUCCGAACCUCGGACAUUCUCGAAGGAAAAUACAAAACAAUGUGGCACUACUCAUGGCACAAGCUACAGUCCAUUGGCAUCCGCGGCAUCUUCGGUGGGUUUGGCCUCAGUCUGGUCAAGGACUCCGUUGGCGCAGCCUUCUUCUUCGGCACGUUUGAAACGAUCAAGAGCCAGGCUUACUACGCAUACAUCACCCGCUACUACGGCAGUCGGACACGAGAUGCGCUCCUGGAGUCACGAGCCCUCUACAUCGACCCAACAGACGGUCGCCCCGUCAUCAAGCCUCACUACGCCUUAGAGCCCAGCUUCAUCCUCUUGGCAGGCCUUUCCGCCUCAUUGGCAUCGCAGACGAUACAGCACCCGCUCACCGAGCUUCAAGACGUUCACUACCGUCGCCUUGAAGCGCUGGACUUCCAAGCCCACCAGGAGUCCAGGCCCUCGGGAAUUAUGAGACGGUACUACCAUGCGUAUCAGGAAACAUUCCGGCAGUGUGGAAAAAUAGCGAAGAGACACGGUGGCUGGCGGCGAUAUCUAUACAGAGACUUCUGGAUGAGCACCAUCAAGCAGAUGCCAAGUACAAGUGCUGGACUGAUCGUGUUUGAGCUUGUGCGGAGAAAGUACGCGUUCGACACCGAGGAAGUCAUCAUAAGCCACGAAGGAGCGCAUAUCCUGUUGGCCUGAAGAGGGAAAUAGAAAGAAGAAGCCAUACUGUAACACUACUCUUGAUACCCAAGCUCGCAUGGCCAUUAGCGCGCAUCCCAAUGUAUAUACCAUAGACUUAGACUCAUGCUGCGUAGCAAUGACUGUAGAACAGAU